UGCGGGAAGGAGGAGGGAAAGGAAAGCGGAGCCGGCGCGACUUGGUAACCAUUAUCCUGAAAAAUGGAGGACAACAUAUAUCAAGUUUAUGAAGAUGAAAUUCGGUUAUUAGAAGAAGAAAUUCAAAUGUUAACUGAAAAGUAUGAAGAUGGACAACAAGAAUCCACAUUUUAUUCUGAUGAGGAGAUACUUAUGUCAAUCAAGUCAUCUCAAAGAGAAUUUCAAGGAGAGUCAAAGGAACGUGAGUUUCCAUCAGAUCUGAAAGCUCAACUUGAAACUCUAGAAACAGAUCUCUCAUUUUUAAUGAAAUUUACUGGUAUUUCGUUCACAAAACAUUCCAAGAAAACUGUGGAAAAAAGUGGAAGCAGAACAAUACAGAAGCAUAGAUUAGCAGGAAAUUGCCACUCACUACCUUUUCAAUUGGAGUUUCAGCUUCUCCAGAUAAAGAACAAAGAGAACGUGUCUGCUGUUAUUACUAAUCUCAAUAUUGUAAUGGAAUCUGGGGAAUAUUCAGGUGUAAGCAAGUUUGUGUCCAGCAUUGAAGAACGCGGAAAUCUUUUGCCAUUCUUCAAAAGCCUUUCAUCAUAUGCUGAGUGGUGUGAACAUCGUAGAUGCACCUUCCUGCAUUUCAAGGCCAAAUAUCCGGACAUUGUACAACUCCCUGAAGGACUGUCAGGAGAUUAUAUAGUUCUAAGGAACCCUAAACCUUCUGGGUUGGAAUUAAUGAUUGUUUGGAAGAUAGAUAUAGAUGAAGAUGGGAGAACGACGCCUGUUCUGGACCUUCUACCCAAAGUACCAGAGCAAGUCCUGGAGCAGACAAGAGCAACUAUUGAAAAUGCACCUACCUGCUUCCGAAGCAUGCUCCUUUUGUUUGGGAUUGAGGCAGCUAUUGAAAAUCUUAUCAAGGUGGUUGGCUUGAAAGAGUGAACAGCAGCAGUACUUAACAACAGGUAGCAAUUUCAAAAGUAGUUUUAAUUAAGAUAUUGUGUUACACAGUCUAUAAUUUUAUUGAAUAUAAACAUUAAGUUAUUCUCCAUUUAGAAACCAUACUCAUAAAACAUGCUAUCUGUACAAUUAUGGCACGUUAUAUAUAAAUUGUCAUGACAUGAAAAUAAAUACAGCCAUUUAAAUACAAAAAUGCCAAAUAAAA